AUGCAGGACGCAGAGUGGGACACGAAGUGACACUUUUGCCCUUACCCAGGAUCGCACACGUUUGGGAUUUAAUGCAAUUAUUCUAAAUUAUUAAAAGAAUAGUAGGUGCCUCGUGGUGGAGCUAUCGCUGGGACUCAAGCCCUCUUGUCUUCGGAGCCGGACCUUUAAACUCUCCUGGCGGCUCAACGGUCUGCCUAAUAAUGAGCCCCAUGACUGACACCAUUCCUAAAGUCUUAUUAGAGGGGACAGCGAAGCGAGUCAUUUGCAAAGACUAAAACACGAACGACUCCCACCGGCGCGAAUCAUGCCCUUGCCUUUCGGCUUGAAGCUCAAGCGCACGAGACGGUACACGGUUUCUAGCAAGAGCUGCCUGGUCACUCGCAUCCAGCAGCUCAAUGGCGAGUUUGUGGAGUUCACGCUGUCAGUGGAGAGCACGGGCCAGGAAUGUUUGGAGGCAGUCGCCCAGCGACUGGAGUUAAGAGAGAUCACGUUCUUUAGUCUAUGGUACCUGAACAAACAGAACCUGCAGAGGUGGAUCGACCUGGAAAAACCGCUGAAGAAGCAGUUGGACAAGUACAGUGUGGAGCCUACCGUCUAUUUCGGAGUGGUGUUCUACAUCCCCAGUGUCGCUCAGCUGCAGCAGGAGAUCACGAGAUAUCAGUAUUAUCUACAGUUGAAGAAGGAUGUGCUGGAGGGCCGCAUCUCAUGCACUUUAGAACAAGCCAUUCGCUUGGCUAGCCUCGCCGUGCAAGCCGACUUCGGAGACUUCAACCGCUACGAUUCUCAGGAGUUUCUUCAGAAAUUUGCGCUGUUCCCCAUCGACUGGAUCCAGGAUGAGCAAGUUCUGGAGGAGGCCACUCAGAAAGUGGCCCUUCUCUAUCAGUCUUACAGGGGUCUGUCGUCCCCAGAGGCCGAGAUGUUGUACAUGCAAGAGGUGGAGAAAAUGGAGGGCUACGGCCACGAGAGUUAUCAAGCCAAGGACAACACGGGCACAGAUGUGACGUUGGGCUCCUGCCUGGACGGCAUCUUUGUCAAACAUAAAAAUGGCAGGCCUCUUCAUUUAUUCAGGUGGAAUGAAAUUAACAACAUGAGUCACAACAGGUCUUUCUUUGCCUUGGAGUUGCUCAACAGAGAGGAGAGUGUCCAGUUCCAGACCGAGGACAUGGAAACUUCCAAAUACGUGUGUCGCAUGUGUCUGGCCAGGCUCAAGUUUUAUAAGCUCAACAAGAGCAGCCUGGAGGAGUGUGACCCCAUGCCUCCCGAAGGCUCCCAGAAGUCUCUCCUCACUCUUGCCUUUCCUCGUUUUCCAAUGCUCUCUCGUCCCUCUCUGCCUUCAAAUAAGGGACAAACACAGUCCACAGUCGUCAACCCGGUCAGACGUAGAUCGUCAACAAGAUUGUCCCUGCAGCCAAAGCCUCAGGGCUACAUGAUGCCCCCGCCACAAAUGCACUACAACGGCCACUUCACGGAACCUUACACGUCAUCGCAAGACAACCUGUACAUGAACAGCCAGAACGGUUACUGCUACCACUCCCAAACCAGCCUGGACUGCCCACCUCUGGAUUACGGCGGCGGCGGGCGCUUGCGUAACGGCAGUGUGUACAGCGCCCACAGCACCAGCUCCCUGACUAACCCUCAGCACUACCUCCAGCCCUCGCCCAUGUCCUCCAACCCCUCCAUCACCAGCGACAUCACCCGGCCUGACUACGUGCCCUCGCACCGCCACAGCGCCCUCAUCCCGCCUUCCUACCGAGCCACUCCAGACUACGAGACGGUCAUGCGGCAGAAGAGCCGAGGCGGCGGCGGGAUGCUUUUGUCCCAGGAGCACCGGCAAAGCCACUCCAUGAGGAACCUGAACAUCGGGAACUCGUACGCUUACAGCAGGCCGGACCCUCUUGUUUACAGCCAGCCCGAAAUCCGAGGGGAGCACGGUGGCGCCACCCAGCACCACCACCACUAUCCCUUCCACACGGGCUCCAGCUUCCACGGCCCGUCGCCGUACCACGCUUAUCCCAUCGAGAGGAGACCCGUGGUGGGAGCCGUCAGUGUGCCGGAGCUCACCAACGUCCAGCUGCAGCAAGCCCAAGAGUAUCCGGCCGCCAACAUUAUGAAGACGCAGGUGUACAGACCGCCUCCGCCGUACCCGUACGCCCACCCUCGGCCCGCCAACAGCACGCCGGACCUGUCGCGCCACCUCCACGUCAGCAGCAGUAACCCAGAUCUGAUUAUCACACGCCGCGUGCACCAUUCUGUCCAGACUUUCCAGGAGGACAGCUUGCCUGUGGCGCACUCUCUGCAGGAGGUAUCCGAGCCGCUUUUAAGCGGACCCGUGCACAGACCCCCUUACCACGCUCAGAAGCGCAACUCCAUCGAGAUAGCCGGGCUAGCGCAGAGCCUCGAGGGCAUGCGGCUGAAAGAGCGGCACGUGUCGACUUCGGCCGUCGAGGCGGUCACGCCUCCUCCGGCCCCGCGCGGAGGUCGCUCGCAGGGUUCCCAGCUCAACGUGUUCUUGGAGCGUGCCAAGACAGAAGACAGGAGUGACAAGGAAGACGUAGAGUACGGUCACAAGAAGUCCCUCUCCGACGCCACCAUGCUGGUGCACAGCAGUGGCGACGAGGAGGAGUUUGAUGAUGACGCAGGGCGCCACACGCCGCUCUCUCACGACGCCAUCAUCCCCGAAGAGGAAUCUCCGCAACAUCUCUUCAUGGCUCCUCAACAACAGACCCCUCCUGAGCCACCCCCUGCUUAUCCCAUUGGCUCAUCUCUGGACCCUAUGCUAGCUGCCGCCCUCACCUACAAGGUCCACCCUCUGCUCCACGAGACCGAGCCGCUGUACUUGCGCGAUGUGCGGCAAGCCCGAAUCAUGCCCUCGGUGUCAGAGGGAGACCUGAGCGGCGAGGCCAAGCACAAGUCCAAGAAGGACUUCAAGAAGAGGCCUGUGUCUGACGUGCCUCAGGCCAAGAAGACCAUCGAAGGUUUACCUCCACCGGGCAUGAAGAAGAGCGUGCGCUCCGAUACGAGGAAGAUGGGGCCCCUGAAGGUGGCUCAUCUCAACGGCCUGUCCAUGUCCAGGCACCCGACGCAAAGCGAAGCCAAAGACGAGCGGGAACUAGACUCCAACGACGAGAGGUGCAAAAUCUUGGAGCAGCACAUGGAGAUGGGUGAGCUGCUGAAAGAGUACGAGAGCAUCCCCAAGUGUCGCCCGGCGGCCGAGUGCACCGUCGCCCAAAUGGCCGAGAGCGCAGACAAGAACCGCUUCCAAGACGUGCUGCCUUACGAUGACACCCGCGUGGAGCUGGUGCCCACCAAGGAGAACAACACGGGCUACAUCAACGCCUCACACAUUAAAAUCAACGUAGGAGGACAUGAGUGGAACUACAUCGCCAGCCAGGGGCCGCUUUCCAACACAUGCCAGGACUUCUGGCAGAUGGUAUGGGAGCAAGGUGUCGCCAUCAUUGCCAUGGUUACCGCCGAAGAGGAGAGCGGGCGGGAAAAGAGCUUCCGUUACUGGCCUCGUCUGGGCUCGCGGCACAACACUGUAACGUACGGCCGCUUCAAGAUCACCACGCGCUUCCGCACCGAGUCGGGCUGCUACGCCACCACGGGCUUGAAGAUCAAACACCUGGUGAUGGGCCAGGAGAGGACCGUGUGGCACCUGCAGUACACAGACUGGCCAGACCACAGCUGUCCCGACGAUUUCAAAGGCUUCCUCACUUACCUGGAGGAGAUCCAGUCGGUGCGGAGGCACACCAACAGCAUCAGUGAGCCAAAGAACAGCAACCUGCCCGUACUGGUGCAUUGCAGCGCCGGAGUGGGACGCAGCGGCGUGGUCAUCUUGUCCGAGAUCAUGAUUGCCUGCCUAGAGCACAACGAGAUGGUGGACAUUAAGACGGUGUUGAUGAAGCUACGCCAGCAGAGGAUGAUGAUGGUCCAGACCUUGUCCCAGUACACCUUCAUCUACAAGGUGUUAGUCCAGUACCUCCGCAACUCCCGGCUCAUCUGAGAAGUCCCAAAGAUGUGUUCUGUGCUACUACUGGGCUGACCCACAACUCUUAUCAACAGUAUUAUAGUGUUGUUUUUUUUGACAGUGACUUUUGCUGUAUAAAGCACUUUGAACAGCACUGCGCUGUAGCGCUUGAGCUGCAUCAAAACUAUCGCGACAUACCGAGUGGAAGGUGACAAUGGAAAAA